UCCCUAGACGUAAACAAACAAAAUAAUAAAUUCGGAAAUCAUGGCCACGCAUCGGAUGGCAACUGGGCUAGCCAGGUGCAGUUGUCAAUGAAUCGCUUUACUGGUUCUGCUGAGCACCUACGUAGGUUGACGUCGAGAAAGGGGAGGAGGGGAUGCCGAUCGCUGUGCCGCCGCAUGAAAUUGCCGCCGACCAUUCAUUCAUUCAAUAGCGCGAUCUGCCACGCUUUUCCUGGAAAGAUUUUAAUGUAGCCGUGGAUCCUUACAUCAGAGUGUGGUGACGACUGAGAAAAUAUUUACCCGCGUUUCGCUUCAGCGCGUCCAGUAAAACCCACCCAACAGGAGCUCCUGGCGCCCGAGCGAGGUAUCUUACAGGAGCCUCAAGAAAAAAAGCGCAAGGUAGAGACGCAGCUGAGGCAUCGCGGUUUGGAUUCUUGGCUGAGGGAGAGAAAGGCAUCGGUCGCCUUUACAGGUUGUCAAACUCAUUGUGUGGCUGCUCACUUAGCUCCAAAGUUCAAACUCCAGGAUAAGUUCUCUAAAUCAAGAUGCCUUUCAAAAUAACACUAGAAUUAACUGAGAUGCAAAAUAUGAAGCUUCAUGAAGAUGACAACAUUAGCAAUGAUUCUAAUGAUUUUACAGAAGUAGAAAAUGGACAAAUGAAUAGCAAGUUCAUUGCAGACCGCGAGAGCAGAAGAAGCCUAACUAACAGCCAUUUGGAAAAGAAGAAGUGUGAUGAAUAUAGUCCAGGCACAACGUCUUUGGGAAUGUCUGUCUUCAACCUUAGUAAUGCUAUCAUGGGCAGCGGAAUAUUGGGUCUUGCCUUUGCUUUGGCCAACACAGGAAUUGUACUCUUUAUGUUGCUUUUGAUUUCAGUGACACUGCUCUCCAUUUAUUCAAUAAAUAUCUUGUUAGCAUGUGCAAAGGAAACAGGCUGUAUGGUUUAUGAAAAACUUGGAGAACAAGUUUUUGGCACUCCAGGAAAGAUUAUUGUUUUUGGAUCUACAUCUCUUCAGAACACUGGAGCUAUGUUGAGCUACCUCUUUAUAGUUAAAAAUGAGCUGCCUGCUGCCAUAAAGUUUCUUAUGGGAGAAGAUGAUACAUUUGUAGCCUGGUAUGUGGAUGGGCGAGUUCUGGUCGUAGCUGUGACCUUUUUAAUAAUUCUUCCUCUAUGCCUUCUGAAAAAUUUGGGCUAUCUUGGCUAUACUAGUGGAUUUUCCCUGACAUGUAUGGUAUUUUUUCUCAUAGUGGUCAUAUACAAGAAAUUUCAGCUUUCUUGUCCUUUUCUGGACAGAAAUGCAACAGAUGCUACCUUUUCCAAUUUUAGCUUUGACACGGAGGCAUGCAGACCAAAGUAUGUUACAUUUAAUUCUAAGAGUGUGUAUGCUUUGCCUACCAUUGCAUUUGCAUUUGUAUGCCAUCCGUCAGUCCUUCCAAUCUACAGUGAACUUAAAGAUCAUUCCCAGAAAAGAAUGCAGAUGGUUACAAAAAUCUCUUUCUUUGCCAUGUUUGUCAUGUACUUUUUAACUGCUAUUUUUGGCUACUUGACAUUUUAUGAAUCUGUACAGUCAGAUUUGCUUCACAAAUACCAGAAUAAGGAUGACAUCCUUGUCUUAACUGUUCGUGUUGCCGUCAUUCUUGCAGUCAUACUCACAGUCCCCGUGUUGUUUUUCACCGUUCGUUCAUCUAUAUUUGAGCUUGCUAGAAAAACCAAAUUUCAUUUAUGCCAACACAUUGUAGUUACAUUGAUCCUUUUGAUGAUCAUUAACCUGUUGGUUAUUUUUAUACCUUCCAUGAAGGAUAUUUUUGGAGUUGUAGGAACAACAUCUGCCAAUAUGUUGAUUUUUAUUCUUCCAUCUUCACUCUAUUUGAAAAUCACCCAUCAAGAUGCUUCAAAACUGAUUCAGAGAAUUUGGGCUUCCCUCUUUUUGGCAUUAGGGAUUUUAUUUUCCAUGGUAAGCAUUCCUCUUGUCAUCUAUGAUUGGGUGCAUUCAAGACAAUGCCACUGAAGGUCAGUGAGAUACCAAGAAGAAUGACCAGUCAUCCAUUUUGCCAGUAUGUCCUACUCAUCAGAAAUGUCCUCUAUUAAACAAACAAGAAUUAAUCAUCACUGUAUAUUUUUCCACAGGAGACAGUUGUUAAUUUAUAAAUUUUUCAUCAGUAUUAUUACAGUGGUCAGAACAAUUUCACAGAUCGCAUUGGUCAUAGGUCUUCUGUAUGCAGUAAAUGAUAAUGAAAUAGCUGAAGAAUAUCUUCUACUACUUCAUAUAUUGCACAUGAAUAUUUCUUCUGAUUUUCAGCUAAAAUCCAUUAUCCUGAUUCAAAGUAGAUCUCCUCAUUCCUGAAAAUAAUUUUGUAUCCCCCGAUUAUACUGGUGCAGUAAUGUGGUUAAUGAUUAGAUAGAUAACUAGUAUUUGGUCACAUAUGGACUCUAUGGAGUCUUUUGGUAUUAGUAGACAAAGACUAAUUAUUUAAGCUCAGUUAUUCUUGUGGGAGAUAUUUAUGCAUGUGUACCCAUUUUCAAAGUAGUCUCCCAGGAAAUUGCACCUUGUCUCCCUGUCCUGAGACAAUAUUAUUUGAAUUAAAAUAUACUAAAAUAAAAAGAAACAGAUCCAGAGGUAAGGUGUGUGAAAUAUAAAAUUUCUUGGUGUCAAGAACAGUAACAACAAAAAAGCUGUUGCCAAUAAAAAUACAUACUGGUCCAUCAAAAAGUCCAUCUUAGUAUCAUAUAGUAAAAUAGAUACUGACAAUUGUCUUGCCAAAAUCAUAUAAUUAAUAAAAAGGAGAGACUUUUUCUUCAGCAAUACAGUAGAGAUUUCUUCUAGCAUCAAAGAAGAGAACAUUGCAAUUGGCACCUUGCAUAAUAAUAGACAUCUUUAUUGGUUGGUAAAUAGAUUUUACUGGCAGCUUAAGAAUGCAAUUGAGAAUGCCAUCUAUUGACCUCUGGUACAGAGGUUGUCCAUAGUUCAAGGGUCUGCAGUUCAUGAAAAGAAAGAAUACAGGACAUGCUGGCAUUUAUAAAGAUAACUUGGUGGGUACUCUGGGUUGCCUCCAGAAUUUUUUCAGAGCUUGCUAUCAAGUACAAAGAAGCUUAUAAUCCUUUUUAUUAUGAUAUUUGUCCUUUCAUUAUGAGUAUUUUUAGACCAUCUUGUGUAUAGCUGGUUCAGGCUCUAGAAUAGUGAUGGGCCUUUUUGUGGUUUUUUGUUGCUUUUAAGAAUGUAUACUAAUUCAGAGUUUCUUAUUGCUUAUGAUUUCUACAAAGCACUUUAUUUCACAAUCAUAUUGUGAAGUAAGUCAGUAAUAGGUUUAUUUUGCAUAGACAAUGCUGGGGCCUAAAAGAUAAUGAAAUUAGAUUUCCUGCCCUAGCAUUAAGCCAAUUUGAAGGAUAAUACAAAAAAGCAAGCUGUUUUUCAGGGUUUGUACUAUAUAUGACUCCUCAGAAUUGACUUUUUUUUUCUUCAUAUUGAACAAACUUUUCUAACAUAAAAUAUCCUAGUGAUUGUCAUAAACUGUUUAUGGAAUUUACUGUAAUGUUCUGAUUUGCUGAAAGGCAAAUUACCCACCAUUUGCAAUGAAGAGCAAUAGUUCACAACAUGUUACAGCAGAGUUUCCCAUCUAGAUCAUGGUGUGAGAAUGACAAACUGUUGUGCAAAUUAAAUAUUAACUAGCUUAGGGACAGUUAAUUUCUUCAAUAUGCAGUUCCAGAAGAAGAAUGUAUUAUCAAUGCUGACUGGCUCAAGGUUGACUCAACAUUUCAUCCUUCCGAGGUCAGUAAAAUGAGGACCCAGUCUGUUUGGGGCUAUAUGCUGACUCUGUAAGCCGCUUAGAGAGGGUUGUAAAAGCACUAUGAAGCAGCGUAUAGGUCUAAGUGCUAUUGCUAUUUCCAACUCAAAAGAGUGCUGGGAAGAAAUAAGGGAAUGGGUGGGAUAAUCAAUCCAUUUAUUUUUUAUCCUUUACAUUGUGAUGAUUAUUCCCUGAAACAUGAAUAAAGCAGAUAUAUAUUUGGUGUAGGAAGGUGUAGCUGAAAAAGAAAGAUCUAGUUAAAAAGGGUUGAAUCAAGCAAAAAAUAAAACCCUAGGAAAUUCCCUUCAGACUUCCUACAUCAGCAUAUUGACAUCUGCUCCAUUCUCAGCUCUCCUGAUGACAUGCCCAGAGCGGAAUAUGCAUAGCCCACCCUCUCCACACAACACACAGAUGCCACAGGUGAGAAGUGCACACACAGAGACCCAACACAUUAAAUAAAAAUGCUUUCUAUGGCCUCUGCUGAUAAAAGAGGUGAAAAAACUUUUUGGAAGCCACACUUGGUUUCUAUAUUUUUUUAUUAUAAUACAUUCUAUGGAACAUGGGUGUAUGUGGGAUCCUGCUGCUUUUGCUAAAAUGAUGAAAGCUGUGUUGAGCCCAUUUUGGAUGUGUGUGACACAUAUAAGAAAGAAGCAGCACUUAUGGUGCAGGUUGUCUUCGACUUGCAACCAUUCAUUUACUGGCCAUUCAGUGGCACUGAAAAAAGUGGCUUAUGACUAGUUUUCACACUUAUGACUAUUGCAGCAUCCCUAUGGUGAUAAAAGUUUGUAUCAUAGUUGCACUAUCCUAGGGUCAUGUGAUUAUCAUUUAUAACUUUCCUAGACAACUUCCAACAAACGAAAUCAAUGGAGGAAGCCAGAUUUGCUUAACAACAAUGAUUCACUUAACUGCAGUGAUUUACUUAACAACUGUGGCAAAGAAAAUCAUAAAAUGGGACACAAUUUACUUAACAACUGCCUUGCUUAGCAACAUAAAUUUUGGGCUCAACUGUGGUCGUAAGUUGAGGAUUACCUGUAUAAGUCUCUACUAUUUUGACAUCUCUUGCCCCAUGGAUGUCCUUGCAUAAAGAAAUUUAAAAGAAGAGAGAAUUCCAACUCUUUCCUUGUCCUGCCUUUGCGUUAUAAAAAAAGGAGCUAUUUUUUCAUUGCUUUACAAUUAGAAGGCAUUUAAAAUGGUUCUUGGAGGAAUUUUUGGUUGUUAUAAGUAUAUAGACAACUGUUUCCAAAUUCCAUACCCAGAAAGGAUAUAGAAUUAAUUAAUUCAUUCCAUCCCAACCAUGCCAAUCCAAAUACUACAAAAAUACAGCUCUUUUCAGUGCAUUCUCUUGGCUUUCCCACAGAAAAGAAAUGGUGAACUACUAGGACUUUGGGCUUGACUACCCAGCAAAGAUCUUAAAUUCUAAAAUUAUAAAGGGUUUUUUUCCUAAGUAUUAGCCAGUGGUUCUCAACCUCAAGAACUUUUAGAAGUCUAGACUUCAAUUUCUACAAUUCUUCAGCCAACAUACUGGAGAGUUGUGGGACUUGGCAUCCAUACAUCUUGAAGUUCCUGACAUUGAGGAAUAAGCUAUAUGUCAGAGCAGUCUUUCUGCUUUUGGAGUGCUAUAACACUGGAGUGUUUAAUAAGCACAACAUCUUGCUGUAAUUUUCUCAGCAGGGCAGAAAUAAGGGAGAAGAACUCUUUGGAUUUUUCCAUAUAUUCCUACUCAACGUUUGUUUUGAAUAGCAGGAUUUCCCUGUUGUUUCUGUAUAUGAGCUUCAGAGUUGGCAUACAUUCUAUGCUAUGGAUCAUGGGUUCCUGUGUUUCCAUACCUUUCCUCCAAGAUGUUCUCCCAGCCGUAGAAGCUCACUGGGCAUUGAUUAAUCUGCCUGGUUUCCAAUUUCUGGUACCUCCUUCCAGAGACUACAAAAUUGCAUCCUAAUUGAGCAAUUUUUGUAAAGAGAAUAUUUCCCCCUCACCAUUUCCAUAUCACAGUUCUGGAAGAAUCACUUUAACAGAUUAUAAUAGUUGUCCAGGGUAUGCAGAGGAUAUUAAGAGUGGAUAGCAAAAAUAUAACUCAUUCCCUUAGGUAUGAUAUUGAGCUAUUUAUGGGAACACCAAAUACCGUCUGUAUUAAUUGAAGACAUGUUUCUUGCAUGUUUCUUCUUUCAUUUUUUUUCAAAUACAGUUUAUGCCAUUACAAUAGUUUGUAUUAACUUAAAUUGCUUUUAAAAUGUCUCUUGAUCAGGCAGUCUUUCCUUAUUCAGAAACAAACAUUGCUGAGGAUGCUACUUCGCAUCUGGACAAUGUUUUCCUGUGUCUUUCUUUCUUUUUAACUGAAUGUAUCCAUUAUUCCUCAAUUUAAGACUUUCAGUUAUCAAAAUGUGAAGAUAAAAAAUAAAUGUUGCUAAAUAUUGAAGGCUGAUCGGACCUUGGCACUCACAUAUGUGCAUAUCCCUGAAUCUGUUUCUCUUUUAUUUAACAACCGCAGCAACAACAACCACCAAAAUCUAUGUAGUUAUGUUGUAGGAAAUGUUUAAUUUGUGUAUGUGUGUAUAUAUAUUGUAAAUAAAUAGGAUUCUUCUAUUUUUGCAGUUGUGUACUCUAUGAGAUGAAAGUGUUGAAGUAGAUAAAUAACAAGAACAAUGUGUCUAUAACCAAUUCUGAAAAGGAGCAGCAAUGGCCUAGCUUUUCACCAAGAUACAUUUUCUAUCUCCUGCUCCCACUUUUAUCCUGUUCAGUUCUAUCUGGUCACAGAUUUGAAGCUUACAAAUUACAUUGCAUACAGUAGCACAUUUCUAAGAGCACAAGCAAUGGGCUGCCAUGAUUUAUUCCUCUGAGAUACUUUUUGUAUCAUCCAGAAGUAGAAUGGAAUCCUUUGGUAGUGCCGCUUCAUGUUCCUUGCUAACCUUUCCCCAUCUGAUGUCCUCUGCCCUAUGUCAGACCCACGGAUCUUUGAAUUCCCGGCCAGAAAGGCCAAAAGCAUCAUAUUGUAGAAAGGUUGACUGGCUAUAAUAAAACUGAGUGUCUGUAGCAUCAAAAAUAUUAUUGUUCUUAAGACCAAAGAAGUAAGCACCGUGUUAAAGAGCAUUGACGGGUCAUUUGAACAUAGUUUUGUUUGAUCUGUUUUGGGAAAUCAUAAGUAGAAUGCUAAAUCCUCAGAACAAAAAAUAAUCUUUCUUGCUCAACUGGUUGCUUUUUUAGAUAUAUAUUGUUUAUAUAUAUUGUAACAUUUUAAAAUCUGUGGAAUCUUCUGUUCAAUGUUUUAAUGAUGCUCCGCUGAAAUUUAUAUAUGUUUCCAAAUCUUAUUUUAUGAGUAUAAAUGUGUAGGACUUGAUAGAACAUUACUGUUAAAAAAGAGCACACAUUUUUUUGCAGGUUAAAAAAACUGUCACUUUUUAAAAUAGUCCAUUAUUAAUUCUCUUGGGUGCUGCAGUUAACCAAACAAAAUACAUUUAAAAGUAUUUUUCUUCUAGCAGAACUAAUUGUAUACUGUUAACACUAAAUUAGACUUCUGAAUUUCUAGACUAUGAUUUAAGAGUAAGAACCACCAAUAGUGUUUUGUUUUUGUUUGGAGAGGGGUUUUUUUUUUGUUUCCUUUGCUCUGGCUUACAUUACAUCUUUCUCUGUAUUGUUCAUAUUUAAUGAUAUAUGUAAAUAAAGUUGAGUGUAAAUAAAA